GGGAAAGCGUCUCCUCCCAUACAUUCGUAAUCUAAUCCAAUCCCACAUAGCCACUCAUCAUCCUCGGUGCUCCCACAGCAGAGCACAGGGGAAGCAUCUCCGACGACGACCAUGGAAGAAAUCCAAUCACCAACACCAACAGCCACCGCCUCUCUCCUCCACCGUCAGCGUUGGCGGAACCACCUCCUCCGCCCUCUCCCGAUCCCCGCCUCCCUCCGCCUCAAGACCACCCUUUGGUCCGAACUCGGCGGCUCCGUGGGCGACCUUGGCACCUACAUCCCCAUAGUUCUCGCCCUAACGCUGGUCAGUCACCUCGACCUGGGCACCACCCUAAUCUUCACCGGCCUCUACAACAUCGCCACCGGCCUCCUCUUCGGCAUCCCCAUGCCCGUCCAGCCCAUGAAGGCCAUCGCCGCCGUCGCCAUCUCCCAGCACAUCUCCCUCCCCCAGAUCAUCGCCGCCGGCCUCUCCACCGCCGCCGUCUCCCUCCUCCUCGGCGCCACCGGCCUUAUGUCCGUUCUGUACCGCAUCAUCCCUCUUCCCGUCGUCCGCGGCAUCCAGCUCUCCCAAGGGCUCGCCUUUGCCUUCAGCGCCAUCAAGUACAUCCGCUUCGAUCAGGACUUCGCCGCCGGUAAAUCGGGCUCUUCUCGGCCCUGGCUCGGUCUCGACGGCCUAGUACUCGCGCUCUCUGCUGUCACUUUCCUUGUUCUAGUUACCGGAGCCGGCGAUUCUUCUCUCAGCGACGAAUACGCCUCAAAUCUCGAGGAACCCACUUCCUCAAAUCGCUCCCGAUGCCGAGUUCGUCGGAGAUUGUGGAUUCUAGCGAAAAUUCCAGCUGCUCUUUUAGUUUUCUUACUCGGAUUGUUCAUAUGCUUUCUCCGAGAUCGUUCAAUUUUCAAGAAUCUUGUUCUUGGUCCUUCUAAAAUCCGCUUGAUGAAAAUCACAUGGAAGGAUUGGAAAAUCGGGUUCCUCGAAGCUGCGAUUCCGCAAAUUCCAUUAACCAUUUUAAAUUCGGUGAUUGCGGUGUGUAAAUUAUCGUCGGAUUUGUUCCCCGAGCGGGAAGUGUCGGCCACGACUGUUUCCGUCAGCGUCGGAGCCAUGAAUUGGAUUGGGUGUUGGUUCGGGGCGAUGCCGGUGUGCCACGGCGCCGGUGGGCUGGCGGGGCAGUACCGGUUCGGUGGCCGAAGCGGCGCUUCGGUGGCGUUUUUGGGGGUGGGGAAGGUGGUGCUUGGGCUGGUUUUUGGGAAUUCUUUCGUGAGGAUCUUGAACCAAUUCCCAAUUGGAAUUCUCGGGGUGCUACUGCUGUUUGCGGGGAUCGAAUUGUCCAUGGCUUCCAGAGAUAUGAACAGUAAGGAAGAGACAUUUGUGAUGUUGGUUUCUGCAGCAGUGUCGUUGAGUGGGUAUGGGGCUGCUUUGGGAUUUGGCUGUGGAAUGGUGCUGUUCUUGCUGAUGAAGCUGAGGCAGAUGGACUGCUCUGCCUUCGGAUUCUUCCAGUCUAAAUCCUCCGCUGGUGAUGAAUUCAGUCCCAAUCCUUAGUCUGUACAGGAAGAUAUUUGGGUGUUGUAAUUGAUUAUGCUGUCUGUAUUUAAUAUGAUGAAGAUUACCCAGGCCUUUAAACGUUCUCA